UCCCAAUUAGCUCAUCAUUGUGCUGUUUAUGAUAUGUACAGGCGCAUCCUACUCGCCAUCGCUGUGCUGAUUGCACUCGUCGCAGUUUUCUUUCCGCAGGGAGAUGUCCCAGAUCAUCCUCCUUACGUCCAGGGCAGAAACAAGACGGUGUUGUUUUUAGUCAACUUUGAGCCUGGCCUGUCAAAUGUCCACGUUGCGACAGCAUCUUCAUUGUUGGAGAAUCAUCCCGACAUCGAAGUACAUUUCGCAUCUUUCCCCAAGCUCGGCAAGAAACUGCAGAGAAUUUCGGCCUUUGCACGCACCAAGACGGCGGAGGCCCAAGAUGUGAUUUUUCACGAGAUGAAGAGCCCAUCCUACAGCGAUGCAAUCGCCGCUGCCGGCAAAACCAUUCUCAAUAUCCCUCACCCACCUGGCGCCGCUGGCAUAGCGCAUUUAUGCAAAGACAUGCAGAUUUGGAUAUCGCCCUGGACUGUUGAGGAUCACAUGGCAGUCUACGAAGAGCUCACCGCUAUCAUUCAUGAGGUCGACCCAGCUGUCGUAGUCCUGGACACACUUUUCCGUCCAGCAAUUGACGCGACGCGUGAUAACAAUCGACACCAUGCCAUCGUCACGCCAAACACGGUGAUCGACAAUUUUCUCGCAGAUCAACCACAUGGUAGCAUGUUUUGGAAGUAUCCAGCUGUUGCCUCCGGUUUUUCGUUCCCAGUCCCCUGGCGGAAUAUCCCCGAAAACAUAUAUCUCAACAUGCGAUUCAUCUACAGCGUGCUGGUCAUGCCGGGCCUCAACGCUAAAAAGGCCAUGCUCAGGGAGAAAGGCCUUCUGGACCCCAUCAACUUUUAUAAAAUGUACCGUCAGGACGUUCCUUGGAUAACCAUGACGACGGAAGGCGCAACUAUUCCUGUCGAUUUCAUCCCGCCGAAUGUUACCUGCGCUGGACCGAUGGUAUUGUCAGCUGCGCCAGCCAUCGAGCAAGAUUCUCAUAUGGUUGACUGGUUGACGAAAGGUCCAACCAUACUUAUCAACCUCGGAAGCAGUGUCAUUUGGACACAGACCCAAGCAACGAUAAUGACCGAGGCUAUCGCAGUUGUGCUCGACAAGACUAAUGUCCAGAUCCUAUGGAAAUUCAAAAAAUUCGGAAACUACUCCAACGAUUACUUGUCAGCACUCAAGCCACACCUAGAUAACGGGCGACUCAGAAUGGAGGAAUGGCUGACCGUGGACCCCUCGUCUCUAUUGGAGACAGGGUACAUCGUCGCCUCAGUCCACCAUGGAGGAUCGAAUUGCUACCAUGAAGCGAUUGUUGCUGGAGUUCCUCAGAUCAUUUUACCUCAAUGGGCCGAUUUAUAUGGCUUUGCUGCACUUGCAGAGACAAUCGGUGUUGGCGUUUGGGCUUGUCGGCAGACGAGUCCAGGCUGGACAGUUGACAGUAUUGCGCAAGCAAUCCUCAAGGUAGCAGACGGUAGCGAGGCGAGCAUUUCUAUGCGAGAGACUGCAAGACAGCUUGGUGUGACGGUUCGAAGCCGAGGCAAAGGGCGUGAUAUUGCGGCGCGGGUUGUGGCAAAUAUGGCAUAUACUGGAAAGUGAGGAGCUAAUCUAACUUCUGUCUGCUCCC